AGUUCUGUUUUGCUGCCUGGACGCGCAUGACACAAACCAACGUGGCUUUUACUUACAGCAAAUACACUCUAUACCUACUAAUUGUAGUUACAUGUUAAUAAAAUAAAACACUUUAUUUCAAACAUCAACGAAAAAAACGUUUGACGAGUGAAUCAACGCGUUUUUCUGCCUCAGAUACGAACUGUACUCGAGGAAACAUGUUCAUUGAGGAUGAAGACUGGAGUGACGAACAAGACGCUCAAAUUCUGAGUAAAACUGUCCUCAAAAACACCCAGAAGGCGACCAGCAGCACAAAUGUCAAGCCCAAGGUUGUCGGUAAAAAGAGCCUCCUGCGGACGCUGCAGACGCUGGGAUCGGUACCAGAGUAUAAGAGGGACAGCCAUCAGCAGGACAGCGACAGUGAGACAGAAGCAGCUCCAUCACACGGCAAGAAGAAGAAGAAGAGGAGGAGGAAGAGAAAACAGGCAGAGAAAUCAGAGGAGCAGCAAGAAAACGGAGACGUAGGUGAGACUGUCGAAAAACCUGAACCAAAAAAGAGGAAGAAAGACAACAAAUUUGCACCACAGAAUGCAGACAAACUGAGCCGACAGCAGUGGAAAAACAAAAUGAAGAACAAGAAGAAAUGUAAAAAUAAAUUCCGCCAGAAUAAUACUGAGGACCAAGCAAAUAAAGAAAAAGCUGUCGAUAAACCAAAGGCAAAGGAAGAAGUCAAAACAGAUUCAUGUAACAACAAUAGCAGUAAAAAGACGAGUCAGACAGCAGCCCAGAAAACGAAAAAGCAGAACGAACGUAAACCCCUGAAAAGAAAAGGAACUGAAGAAGACACUGAUGUGUUUUCUGUUGGAACAGAAGAAAAGCAGCCGAAUGUGAAAGAAAAACAAAGAAUGUGUGGCAAAGUUGAAAAAAAUGCUUCUGCUGGGGGAUCAAAGCUAAAAGCAGGCGAGCCUGAGAUCACAGAAGAUGCACAGCAGCCCCCAACGAAAAGACUGAAACCUGAGCUGAGCAAAGAACAGACUCUGAAGAGACAGAAGCUGCUGAAGAUGCUCCACAGUCAGGAGACGACCCAACUCCAGAGUCCGGCCGAGCAGAAAGACGAGCCGGCGGCGCCAGAAGAGGAGGUGAAACCGGACCGAGCCACCUCCUUCAGGUCCCGCAUGGAGCAGCGGCUGGAGUCGGCCCGUUUCCGUUACAUUAACGAGGUGAUGUACAGCACGUCGAGCGGCGAGGCCAAGCGGAUGUUCAAACAGGAUCCACAGGCCUUCUGGGUUUACCACAAAGGAUACACGGCACAGGUGCAGAGGUGGCCGACGAAUCCGGUGGACGCAGUCAUCGCCUACAUCCGACAAAAGCCGCCGUCUCUCGUGGUUGCAGACUUUGGCUGUGGCGACUGCAAAAUUGCUCGCAGUGUGAAGAACAAAGUGCACAGCUUCGACCUGGCGGCUGCCUGUGAGCUGGUUACAGUCUGCGACAUGGCCAAAGUGCCGCUCAAAGACGCCUCCGUGGACAUCGGAGUGUUCUGUCUUUCUCUCAUGGGGACCAACCUGGCUGACUUUCUAGCCGAGGCCAACCGAGUCUUAAAAAUGGGGGGCGUCCUUAAAAUAGCAGAAGUGGCGAGUCGAUUCGAAAACGUGCGGAACUUCCUCACCGCCCUGGCAAAUCUUGGUUUUAAGAUGGUUUCAAAGGAUACAGAAAACACUCAUUUCUACUCCUUUGACUUUGUGAAGACGGGAAACGCUCCAGAAAAUGUAAAGAAAUUCGGCCUGCAGUUGAGGCCCUGUGUGUAUAAGAAGAGAUGAAGACGUUCCAGGACUGCAUUUGUCAUUUCUGGUCAUCACUACGUCAGUGGACACUUCCUGGCUUCUUGUACAGAUUUGUACGCUUCUGUUUAACUGUAUCAUGUUCUUUUGAUGCAGUUUUGAAGCCUCUGUAAAUUGCUUUUUGUUCACACCUUUUCUUACAGUUAAAUGAUGUGUAUGAUGCUGUAUGCACAUGAUUUUCUUCAUGUAAAACGGUGGUCUGUGAUUACUGUGUGUAUCAGGUGCUGGCAGGUUCCCUCAGUUGAAUCCUCUGAUGAGUUCGUCCUCUCUGGUUGGAGAUCAGUGGAAUAAAUGAAAAAAUGAAACCUGCGAACACAGCUGCAGUAAUUUAGGCAGUUUUGUAAGAUAAGUCGUGUGAAUGUUGACGGAAAAAUACAUCAAAAUAUCUUUAAAAAUCUACGUUUUUUU